GGAAAAAUAUGGGUGAACUGUGACUUCUGUAAUAAGUGGCUACAUACAGAUUGCUGUCUAAAUGAAGUUAACAUUGAAAGUGAUGACCCUUUCUGCUGUCCAGAAUGUGCCAAAUGAAAAAAAUGAGGAAUGUACAGAAGUGUUGGUAGGUCAGUGUGUAAUUAAAGGCUAUCACUCCUUCAAAAUUCGACCUCCAAUGAUAGAUGAUGCCCCUUUAUUAACUGUAGAUAGAGAAUAUUGUAACAUUCAUGACAAAAACGCAUGCUUGGUAUGGCUGCCUGGUUUAGAGGAGUAUAAAAGUGAGUUUCAUCAAUUAGAAACAGACAAAACACGCAAGCUGAAACUUAAUGAUAUAGCUGGCCUGCCGAUAGGUCAUGUCCCACGAGGUUUAGGUGGAUGUUUUCGUCAGAUACUUGACAGAAAGGAUUUAAUAUAUGCAGAGGUAACUGGUGAACCCCGGCCAAGUUUUCCACCUUGGCCAGCACCACAUGAGACUGGUGGUGGUGCUGUCAUCCCUUGUAGUUACAUAAUUAAGUGCAAGGAUGUUUCUACAACCACAGCUCUUAUUAGAAAUGCUUUACAGGAAAUGGAAGAGAAAACAGUCAUGACUGUAACAAGGAGGUGUUCAAAAUAG